UUGGGUUUGCGAUCUAUCUAUCUCUCUAUCCAUCCGUCUAGCUGUCUGUCUCACCGUCUGCGCUCCCGUUCAGGGUCAUUCGGUUCAUCCGGUGCUGAGCGCGAGCGGCGAUGGCGACAUCACGGGGAACGUCUUCCUUAUUUCCGUUUUGCUCGUGACAACACCGCUGGAGGAUUCCUUAUAAAUAAUUAAUAAUUGAAAAAAAAAAAGAUAUAUACAGAGAGAGAGAGAGAAAGAGAGACGCAUUGAACAGUGGAAUAGGAGGAGGACGGAGCCCGGGACUGGAGAAGGGAGGGACCGGUGUCGGCGUCGCUGCAAGUGCGUGAGAGGCUGAGUCACCCACCGCCGGAGCGCCCCGUACGCGGGGACAGCGAGACGUGGGGAGGGACGUGGACAACCCGAGAACGGACGCUGAAGCGUUGAACACAGGAGGAGAAAAAGAAAGAGAGAAAUAAAGGAAGCACAGUGGCAGGGGUGGGACGAGCGAGCCUGAGAGAAGAGGACGAGCACUGGGCUCCCCCCUGACCCCUAAACCCCCGAGCUCGGAGUCAUCAUGAACGACCAGAACGUGGUGAAGGAGGGAUGGCUGCAGAAAAGAGGAGAGUAUAUAAAGAACUGGAGGCCGCGAUACUUCCUCCUGAAGACGGACGGAUCUUUUAUUGGCUACAAGGAGAAGCCCCAGGAUGCAGACUUCGCCUACCCCCUCAACAACUUCUCUGUGGCCAAAUGUCAGCUGAUGAAGACGGAGAGGCCGAAGCCCAACACUUUCAUCAUCAGGUGUUUGCAGUGGACCACUGUGAUCGAGCGAACGUUUCACGUGGACACACCUGAGGAGAGGGACGAAUGGGUGGAAGCGAUACAGAUGGUGGCGGACAAGCUGGCCAAGCAGGAGGAGGAAGGAAUCCUGUGCGGCCCCACCACCCAGAUCGAGAUCGUCAACGAGGAGGAGAUGGACACGUCCAUCAGCCACCAUAAACGGAAGACAAUGAACGACUUCGACUAUCUGAAGCUGCUGGGAAAAGGUACCUUCGGGAAGGUGAUCUUGGUGAAAGAGAAGGCCAGUGGAACUUAUUAUGCAAUGAAGAUUCUGAAGAAGGAGGUCAUUAUUGCCAAGGAUGAAGUGGCCCACACUCUGACUGAAAGCAGGGUAUUAAAAAACACUAGGCAUCCCUUUUUAACCUCUCUAAAGUACUCUUUUCAGACCAAGGAUCGUCUGUGCUUCGUGAUGGAGUACGUCAACGGCGGAGAGCUAUUUUUUCAUUUGUCAAGAGAGCGCGUGUUUUCGGAAGACCGGACCCGUUUCUAUGGCUCCGAGAUCGUCUCUGCACUGGAUUAUUUGCACUCUGCUAAAAUUGUUUACCGCGACCUUAAGCUGGAGAACCUGAUGCUGGACAAGGACGGCCACAUUAAGAUCACGGAUUUCGGCUUGUGUAAGGAGGGCAUCACCGAUGCCGCCACCAUGAAGACGUUCUGCGGGACUCCGGAGUAUCUGGCACCCGAGGUGUUGGAGGAUAACGAUUACGGGCGAGCGGUGGACUGGUGGGGGCUCGGUGUGGUCAUGUACGAGAUGAUGUGUGGACGCCUUCCCUUUUAUAAUCAGGACCAUGAGAAGCUGUUUGAACUGAUUCUUAUGGAAGAAAUCAAAUUUCCCAGAACCCUCUCCGCUGAUGCCAAGUCUCUGCUUUCUGGCCUUCUCAUCAAAGACCCUAACAAAAGACUGGGAGGAGGUCCGGACGAUGCCAAGGAAAUCAUGAGACACAGUUUCUUCUCUACGCUGGACUGGCAGGACGUUUAUGACAAAAAGCUCAUCCCCCCAUUCAUGCCCCAGGUCUCAUCUGAGACAGACACCAGGUAUUUUGAUGAGGAGUUCACAGCUCAGACCAUCACGAUCACGCCUCCAGAGAAGUUCGACGAGGACGGCAUGGACUCAGCCGACAGCGAAAGGAGACCGCAUUUCCCACAAUUCUCCUAUUCAGCCAGCGGGCGGGAGUGAAGCCCGCGCGUUAACAAGGCGCCAGUGUUUUCAUCCGGGGCCAUUUAAGGAAAUUACGUAGCCAUGCUAGGAAAAAGUCUGCACUCUUUUCUUCUCCUCCUUCCUCUUCGUCCUUCCUCCUCCUCCUCUUCCUCCUGUUUUUCUCUUUCAUUAUUUAAUGACUUGGGGAAGUUUUCAUUUUUGUAUUAUUGUUUUUAUUUUCCAUGUUGGGGGGAAAAAGGGGUUUUGCACAGAGAGGUUCGACUAGUCAACCUAGUCAACCCAGAUUUAAAAAAAAAAAAAAGGGAAGAAAGUCUUGUACAUGUUCAGCAUUGUUAUUGUUUACAGCAGGUCAAGAGGUUUGUUUUUGUUUAUGAUGCGUCUUUUUUUUUUCCCCUCCCAGUGCAUUAAAUUAUGUCCAUCAGUAUUACCAUUGAUGUUAAGCUCUUAGGUUUUUUUUUUUUUGUGUGUCCUUGUUUUAAAGAGCCUUUCUGAGGAACAAAACCAAAAAUGUUGCCUUACGUGUGCGGACAGACAGACAGACAGACAGACAGACAGACGGACGGACAGACAGAGAGACAGGGUUCUUGGCUCGCAAAAUCGUUUCUGAUCUUCGUUUCUGCAUCACACUGUAUAACGUUUCACCUCUCGCACUCUGUGACGCUGCGGUGGGGG